AUGUUGACACCACUGCUCGCUCCCGACAUCCGCUCUGAAUCCCCCUUUAAGUACUUCCACACCUCACUAGGACUUAAGGAUCUCAUCUGGCCUGAUGUGUCGCUUCGUCAUUUACAAGGGGACAUCGCCCCGUUCGACUCGCGGCUGAGACUCGACCACCGGAGGCCUAUCAAUGGUGAUGGUUUCGGUGUCGGUUGGUAUGACUCCGUCUAUGACGAGGAACUUGGUGGCCAACCUUGUAUAUUCACAUCUGUUACUCCGGCUUGGAAUAAUGUAAACCUCACUCGCUUGGCAGAGAAGAUCAAGUCACCUCUCGUCUUUGCACACGUGCGGGCAACUACGGCAGGUUCUCUGAGUCUCGAUAACUGCCAUCCUUGGUCAUUCGGAAAACUAAUGUUUAUGCACAACGGCGGAAUUGCAGAAUUCCCUAAGAUUAAGAGACAACUCCAGUCUCAGCUGUCAGAUGAGUUGUUCAACACGAUUCGCAAUGGGCUUUCGCCUUAUUCUUAUCUAAGGCAUCUCCCGGAUGCUCAUGCAAAUUCAUUCACGGCUGAAACUUUGCGCCGAGCAAUGAUGGCGACGAUUGCUCAUAUUACCGCCAUGACCGAAGCUGAGGGAAUUACAGAGCCUAGUCUCCUUAAUUUUUGCGUUACAGAUGGAGAGAGCGUUGUUGCAACCAGGUACAUUUCGUCUCGCCAUGAAGAAGCAGCGUCUCUCAUUGCCAGCGAGCCGCUAACUUUUGAGAAAGCGGAUUGGAUGGAAAUCAAGACAAACCAUAUGGUCGUAAUUACUCCCAAGAUGAACCUACUCCAAUUUCCCAUCGUCGACAAAUACUAUGUGCCACCAUCUGACCCUGCUGCACUGAACCGUGGAACAGAGUUUGCAGCGUCGAAGGGCUUCUUGAGCCCGCGACGAGAGGUCUCCCAUAGGGCAGCGGAUGUCGACGUUGCGGAGAAUUUCUCGGCUCUUGCAGUUUAA